AUGGAGAGCUGCGGACAGUCUGCUCUGGACAGGCCGGCGGCAGAGCUCUCGGUUCUGGACGUGUACGACAUCGCGGCGCUGCUGGGUCAUGAGUUCGAGCGGCUCAUAGAGCGCUUCGGCUGCGAGGCCAUGGUGGGAGUAGUGCCUAAGGUGGUCCGGGUCCUGGAGCAGCUGGAGACCCUGGUGAACUACGGAGGAGCCAGACACCAGGCCGAAGAACUGCAGCUGGAACUGGACCGACUGAGACAGGAGAGGCCUAGGCUCCUGCCUGGGCUCCUGCCUGGGCUCCUGCCUGGGCUCCUGCCUGGGCUCCUGCCUGGGCUCCUGCCUGGGCUCCUGCCUGGGCUCCUGCCUGGGCUCCUGCCUGGGCUCCUGCCUGGGCUCCUGCCUGGGCUCCUGCCUGGGCUCCUGCCUGGGCUCCGCCUGGGCUCCUGCCUGGGCUCCUGCCUGGGCUCCUGCCUGGGCUCCUGCCUGGGCUCCUGCCUGGGCUCCUGCCUGGGCUCCUGCCUGGGCUCCUGCCUGGGCUCCUGCCUGGGCUCCUGCCUGGGCUCCUGCCUGGGCUCCUGCCUGGGCUCCUGCCUGGGCUCCUGCCUGGGCUCCUGCCUGGGCUCCUGCCUGGGCUCCUGCCUGGGCUCCUGCCUGGGCUCCUGCCUGGGCUCCUGCCUGGGCUCCUGCCUGGGCUCCUGCCUGGGCUCCUGCCUGGGCUCCUGCCUGGGCUCCUGCCUGGGCUCCUGCCUGGGCUCCUGCCUGGGCUCCUGCCUGGGCUCCUGCCUGGGCUCCUGCCUGGGCUCCUGCCUGGGCUCCUGCCUGGGCUCCUGCCUGGGCUCCUGCCUGGGCUCCUGCCUGGGCUCCUGCCUGGGCUCCUGCCUGGGCUCCUGCCUGGGCUCCUGCCUGGGCUCCUGCCUGGGCUCCUGCCAGGGCUCCUGCCUGGGCUCCUGUCUGGAGUUGGAGCUGGUGGAGGACAUGUGGAGGUCUGAAGUUCAGGACCUUGUGUCUCAGAUCUCUCAGCUGCAGAACGACAACAAGAGGCUGCUGUCCCAGUGUGAGAGCGAGGGUCCGGCGACUGUGGAGCCUCUGCAGCCUCAGGGUGAAGUCUAA